GUGAGAGGGUUUCAAAUUUUUUUUUUUUUUAAACCACCCCCCAUAAUAAAGUAUUAUUUCCUCAAUAAAGCUCCACCCUCUUUUGAUCGUCCAUAAAAGACCAUCGAAGAGCUUGUCAUGUUAUUCACCUCCUGACUGACCAAACAUGCAUCUGAACAUCUUCACCGUUCUCAUUUUCACUCUUUUUGCUGAAGGACACUCGCUCAAAUGUUAUCAGUGCAGAGGUCCGCUGGGUCAAUGUGUCAGUAAAGAGAUGACGUGUCCCUCUGGAGAUGCUGUAUGUGCAAGUCAAAUAACGGUAGAAUCCAUUGGAGCCGCUUCAACAAGCAUACAGAUGAAAACCUGUACACAGCCAAAGGAGUGUUUUAAUGGAUCUAUCAACUACGGCAUUACAAGAUCAGCAUUAACUAUGAAGUGCUGUAACACAGACCUCUGUAACAGCCGAGAUGUUUCAGAUACCAGCUCUAACACCCCCAAUGGAAAACAAUGUUACUACUGUGAAAAUGACAGUUGCUUUAAUAAAUUAAACUGCUUAGGAUCUGAAGACCACUGCAUUGAAGUAAAAGCAAAUUCGGAAUCUACGUCAGAGACUCUUAAGGGAUGUGCAUCUAAAACCCUUUGUGAUGCCGUAUCACAAAUACCUCAAUAUGGAGGCUACUCAUGCUGUCAGGGGAAUCUGUGUAACAGCGCUAAGAGCAUCACUCAGAACCUCCUCAUUCUCCUCUCAUGGCCGUUCAUCUCCUACAUCAUGUUUCACUGAAUUCAGCAGAACAUCACACUCAGCGAAUGCCAAACAUUUAUACUUUGUGGUAGGACUUAUAAAUAAUUGUGAAUAGGGAAUACUGAAGAUAUACUGUAGGCUCAUAAAUCCAACUACAGUCAGACAAACAUCAAUCAAUAUGACCUGAAUUUUCAUUGUGUUUUCUUUUAUGUUAACCCUUUCAUACAUGAAUUAUGAUGAUCUGAUUAGUUUUCAUUAGUGUUUUCAUUGU